AGAACGUCAAGGGUGGAAUCGAGUUCGCCAUUUUCAUUUGGUAUUGGAAUUUUCGUGAAAUUCAAUGUUUGCUCGUGAAGUGCUCUGGUGAAAAUGUGUCUCAGUGUGUAGGUAAGUGGUCGAGUGACGAACAGCGAGUGUUACUAUACGGCACACUGCACCGCGACCGUCAUGAACUUGGGGGGAAGUGGUGGCCCCAGCACCAGCAGCAGCAGCAGCGAACCGGCGGAGGUGCGCCCCAAAGUGGUCACGGUGAAGCAUCCCGAGUCCAACAAGCCCAAGCCCACUGCAAAGAAGGGCAAGGCCAUUCAGGCAGAUGUGGAUUUGGUGAAGGAAUUCCAGCGCUGCCGCGAUGACAGUAUCAAACGGCUGGACUUGAGUAAGUCCUCCAUCACCACCAUUCCGCCCUCCGUGAAGGAAUGCACCAGUCUCGUGGAGUUGUAUCUGUACGGGAACAAAAUCUCAUCUCUGCCGCCCGAGAUUGGCUGCCUGAGCAACCUAAAGACGCUGGCAUUGAAUGAGAACAGCCUGACGUCGCUGCCCGAGUCCCUGCAGAACCUGAAGCAACUCAAAGUGCUGGAUCUGCGCCACAACAAGCUCUCAGAGAUUCCUGAUGUCAUCUACAAGCUCACCAGUCUCACAACUCUCUACCUGCGGUUCAAUCGAAUCCGCAUUGUGGGCGGAGCCAUCAGUAAUCUCACCAAUCUCACCAUGCUGAGCCUCCGGGAGAACAAGAUCCGUGAACUGUCCAAAGGGAUCGGCCAUCUGGUGAAUCUCACCACACUGGAUGUGUCUCACAACCACCUGGAGCACCUGCCCGAAGAGAUUGGUGCGUGCGUGAAUCUCAACGCACUGGACUUGCAGCACAACGAACUCCUCGACAUACCGGAAAGUAUUGGCCAGCUGACAAAUCUGGCACGCCUGGGACUGCGCUACAAUCGUCUCACGUCAAUUCCACAGUCACUGAAGAACUGCAAAUUCAUGGAUGAGUUCAAUGUGGAGGGCAACAGCAUCUCCCAACUCCCUGACGGCCUACUGGCCAGUCUCAGUUCGCUCACCAGCAUCACGCUGUCGCGGAACUCCUUCCACAGCUACCCGUGCGGGGGCCCAGCUCAAUUUACCAACGUGACGAGCAUCAAUCUGGAGCACAAUCAAAUCGACAAGAUCCCAUAUGGGAUCUUCAGUCGCGCCAAAGGGCUCACGAAGCUCAACAUGAAGGAGAAUGUGCUCACGUCACUGCCACUGGACAUUGGGACGUGGAUUCACAUGGUGGAGCUCAAUCUGGGCACAAAUUCUCUCACCAAACUCCCCGAUGAUGUUCACUGUUUGCAGAACCUCGAGAUUCUCAUCCUGUCCAACAACAUGCUGAAGAAAAUCCCCAACACCAUUGGCAGUCUGCGGAAGUUACGCGUGCUGGACCUGGAGGAGAAUCGCAUUGAGUCGCUACCGAGUGAGAUUGGCCUCCUGCAUGAUCUCCAGAAGCUCAUACUGCAGUCAAAUCACAUCCAGACACUGCCACGCACCAUUGGACACCUCACGAAUCUCACAUACUUAUCCGUUGGUGAGAACAAUCUCCAGUUUCUGCCCGAGGAGAUUGGCACGCUGGAGAAUCUCGAGAGUCUCUACAUCAACGACAAUGUGGCCCUCGUGAAGCUGCCAUAUGAGCUGGCGCUGUGUCAGAAUCUCGCCAUCAUGAGCAUCGAAAAUUGUCCAUUGAGUGCCAUACCGCCUGAAGUGGUGGCCGGCGGACCGUCGUUGGUCAUCCAAUACCUUAAACUUCACUCGCCAUAUCGACAAAUGUGAUUCAAUUCCGGCACACAGGCAAUACCCAGCAAAUGCCGCGAUAUCUUCCUUUCUUUUCUCUCUUCAACGAAACCCUCAUGCCACAAGGCUGGCGGCAAAGCUGCCGGCCGUAAGGACAAAUUGCACAACUGAAUGGCAAUCCAGAUCGACAGAGAGAUGCCGUAGGUAGAUGUUAUCCUCAGAAAUUGUUAAUGAUGCACAAAGAUGUUCAACAUCAGUGGAAACACCGAACAAAUAAAAAAAAGUCAGAGAGAUUAUUUUUUUAGAGGACAAAAACUGACGAAGGAGAGUGAAUUUAAGAUACCAAAAAAAAGAGAUAAAAAAAAAUAUAAGGAAUAUGAUUUCAAGGCAAAAUAUAUAUUUUUAUAGUGAAGAAAUGAUGAAACGACGAGCACAACUUGCAAACAUAUUCAUCCACAUUUUCUCAAUUACAAGAGACAUUAAAAAAAGAAGAAGUUCGAUGGCUUUAGAUUCUAAAUGUCCAAAUCAGACAGAGUUGCUAGCAUGGAUGCAUGCAAUUGUGUAGAUAGAGAUGUAAAUUCAUGAUUCUAAUGAUAAUAGUGAACAAACAAUUGUUAAUAGUCACAUUGAUAAUACUUGUGCAUUUACGCUUUAUGAAUAAUCCCUACAAUUGAGCGAUAUAAUGAUAUGUAAUUGAUUUGUAUGAAAGACAGAGCUGCAGAUUUUGGAAAAUAAUACUAAUCAUCACGUGUGAUUUACAAAUAGCUUUAAUAUUGCUUGUACACUGAAAAGGUGAACAUUAUAACUUAUAUAUGUCAAAUCAACAAUCAGGUGUUAAGGCGUUGAAUAUUCCCACAGAGUUUAAGAUAUAAAGAAGAAGAAAAAAUAAAUUUGCCAAAAAGAGAAUGUGAAUGGAGAGCAUUGUUACGAUGGUGAAGAAUAGCAUUAGCAUAACCGAUAGCAUUAAGUCCGAAACUCAAGUAAAUUGUUCAAAUUGCAGCGAAUUCCUUCACACGGCGCAAAUUAUUAUAUUCUCAGCGAUGAUGACUUGAGGUGGAAAAGUGAAAGAUCAAGAGGAGCAUUUGCGAUUCACUCUGUCGCACACAAUCCACCAUCGCGCACUCGCUCGUGAUAUGAAAUUCUACAGAAAUAUUAAUAUUUUCCAAUUGGAUUUGCUGCUGUGAGUUGAUUUAUGAAUCAUUUCGGUUCUAUUUUCGAUUGAAUUUGUGUAUACAGCAAAUUUUCAUGAUCAUUAUUGUACACUGUAAUCUGCUCUUUAGUGAAGAAUGAACGACUGGCGGGAGAAAAGCAAGAGAAAAAAAAUUGUAAUGACAAAGUGUCUGCCACACACACACAAAACACUCGUAAAAAGUAGAGAUUUUCUUUUUCCAAAAGAGAAAAAAAAAUCUGAGAGUGUAAUUUUUGUGUUCACAAUUUCCAUCAAUGUUAUCAUAAGUGUGCAUAUAGUGGAAAAGCGAUGUAAAAUAUGUUGGUAGAAAAUAGCCAAAGAGAGAUUUUUCUGUACGUUAUCCCACCUUUGCUUCCUAACAAUCAAUUGCAUUUACUUUGACACGCAAUUCUAUGACUAUUUCUGUGCAAUGUCUGAUGUUUAAUUCAAUUGUCUAGCUUAUUUUUUUAGAUGUUAAGGAAGGAAGUCUACAUGUAGUAAAAAUAGAAUACAACUAGAGAGAAUUUAUAGGAUAUAACUGCUAUUUAUUCGUACGAUAUAAAUUAAAACCUCCUAAUGUUAAAGAAUGAGAGCAAGUAACUUACACAUAAUACAUGAAUAAACAGAAAUACACGGAAAUAGAUGUGAGAGGGGAUGAGAUGUGGGAACACAGCGGAGAAGUAAACAAGUUAUUAGGGAGAUGUAAGUGAGAGAGAAAGGGUGAAAGGAACUAUGUUAGAUUUAAUUUAUCACAAAAUCUAUGUGAUAGCCUCAUAUUGAGAUGGUUUUCAUUAAUGAAGAAAUCUGUAAAGUUAUAUUGUUGUAUUGAUACAAUAUGUAAAAUGUAUUUUAAAUUAAUGACAAGUGAGGAGGAAAACGGGGAGAUUACACGUAAAAAAAAUUGAAAUAAUAACUGCAAAGACAUUAAUUGAUACCAUCAACAGACACACAGCGUUAAUUGUAUGUUUUGGAGAACACUUUUCUUUGCUCAAGAUCUCUCAAUCACCACUCAAGAAAAAUAUUUAGGCGACAGAGCACCAAACAUGGCACUAAAAUUGACUUGUAACUCAACACGAACAAUUAAUAUUAUUAUUGUCGUAUUUUCUUCAAACCAUUUAUACUUUUUUUGUGAUAUUGUAUUGACAUUUUUCUCUCUCUUUCGAAAGAAGAGUUACUUUAAAUGCAUUUAAAUCUAUUUUUUAUUGUAUAGAAUAGAAGACUAUGAGCCACAAUUUCACCAAUUGAAUGUAAACCAUGUAUAAAAUAUAAUAAUAGUAAUCCCAAAAUGUUAGCAUGUAGAGAGGAAACUUCUUUUUCGCUCGCUCUCGACAAGAUUGUAGAAAUAUUUGGCGAGUGAAAAGUGUUAGUUAAAUAUAGGGUACAAAGUAUGAGCCAUGAAAAUCUAUUGAUCCCCCCCAAGAAAAAUAUGGAAGAUAAAAGCGAGCAUUAGAAGGAGAACAACAAAACAAAGCGCACAUGUAAAGUAUUCCAGAAUUUAAUAAGAAAAAAAAUUUACCUGGAGAUCCAAUGGUUGAUCUUCCAACUUUCUCUCUAUUUAAAAAAAAAAUGACUUAUUCUGUAUAAAGGAAUUUUGGACGAGAGUGAAGAUUAUUUCAUUUUGUGUAAAAUUGUAUCUAAGAUGUGGAAUCUAAAGAGGAAGAAAAGAAAAUCAAUAGGAGGAUAAAUCACUGAUAGAGAGUGAGUGAAUAAUAAACAAAAAGAGCUUAAGCUAAAGUAAAAAUACACAAAAAGUAUUGAUGAAGAAGUAUAUUUAGAGGAAUUAUAUUCAGAAAUAAAUUACACACGAUCGGUGGAACGGUAUUGUAAGAUUUUCUGUAGUUGAGAAAAAAAAAUGGGUCCUGUUGUUAAAGUGAAGAAGAAGAAAAAAAACAUGAAAAUUAAAUAUUCUUAGAUAAGAGAACAUUAUGUAUGAUGAAGUCAAGUAUUUUCGACAUACUGUGUUACUUUAGAUGGGAGUUUCACUAUAAGUGGACGCAUAAUGUGUGUAUGUUUGUAUGUGUGUCAAUCAUUUGAGAUGAAAAAAAAAAUCUUUAUCCCUUUUUUCAUUGGACUUAUAUAUUUAUGAAAAAGAAAAACUACAAAAUUAUGAGCAUGCAUUAAUGAUACCUUCAGGGAUUGAGAAUGUGAAACCACUAAAAUACAAUUUAUGUAUGUUUGAUUGCAAGGAAAGACGAGUUGAAAAUGAUGAAAAAAGAGUAAUGUAAAUGUAAAAUUGGCAAUUACAAAUUUGAUAAAUAUAUGUGUGGUAAAUGUAAA